GCCCCGGCACAACGAUUGUUGACAAAAGACGCUACGAUACGGAGCGAAGGAGCCCGGAGCCCGGUACUGGUGAGCAGAUCCGCCCGUUAACUAGUUUCCCUGAGCAGUUAGAGGAGAAGAAGGUCGGGACGACGGGGGUUAGGGGGGCACGAGGACUCUUCUGUUCAUAGAAAACCGUGUGGCCGAGGUGAUUCGGUUGUCGGUGGUGGUCGGACCGCAGCAGGCCGGUGUGAAGUCAGUGGACGCCCCCCACCCCCCCUUCCCCAACUCAGCCUCCACCUCCACCUUUCCUCGCGAUUGGUAUUUACCGACAAAAAAGAUCAGCGGCCAAGAUGGGUCACUCGCUGUGAGAAGAAGGGCCAGACCAGCGUUACAGGAGGAGGCGGCGGCGGCCUUGGGCAGGUAUAUUCAGCCGGGAAUGGUGUGACCUAAGACAGCCAGGCAGUCUGGAUCUGACCGGGGACCCGUCAUUCCCCCGGAGCCUCCGCGGCUCCAAGCCGCGUCCUGAGCCCUCCAAGAUGGGGAAGUGCGACGGAAGAUGCACGUUGCUGGUGAUAUGUUCACUGCAGUUGGUGGCAGCCCUUCAGAGGCAGGUGUUUGAUUUUCUGGGCUACCAAUGGGCUCCCAUCCUGGCCAACUUCCUGCACAUUAUGGCUGUCAUCCUGGGCAUGUUUGGCACUGUGCAGUUUCGCUUUAGAUACCUUAUCUUUUAUGCUGUAUGGCUGGUCCUUUGGGUGGGUUGGAACUCGUUCAUUAUCUGUUUCUACCUGGAGGUUGGAAACCUGUCUCAGGACAGGGACUUUCUCAUGACGUUCAACACAUCCCUUCAUCGUUCAUGGUGGAUGGAGCAUGGUCCUGGUUGCCUGGUAACACCGGUGCAAGACUCUCGCAUGGCCCCUGACGAUCAUCAUGUCAUCACUGUGUCCGGGUGUCUCCUCGACUACCAGUACAUAGAGGUGUUGAGUUCGGCCAUUCAGGUCCUACUAACUCUCUUUGGCUUUGUCUACGCCUGCUACGUGAGCAAAGUCUUCCAGGAUGACGAGGACAGCUUUGAUUUCAUCGGUGGCUUUGACUCGUAUGGCUACCAGCCUCCUCAGAAGUCUUCCCAUCUGCAACUGCAGCCUCUUUACACGGCUGGUUAACUGCUGGUAGCGCCCCCUUCAGGCCAAACCCUGACGGUGUCACUGUGGAUGGAAAGCGGCGGUUGCCUCGAUUACACUCACUCUGUGUGUCACAGUUUACCGGAGGAAUGGACUUACCCCACCCAGAGGGAAACGUCUGUGCGUGUGUGCAUGUGUGCUUGUGUCUGAGAAAGAGAAAGAGAAAUACAGCCCUGAAUAGAAUGUACAGAGCUCAGGGAAGAACCAGCAUGCCAGGUGGUGUGAUGAGAUGAAGGAAGAGAGGAAGGAGGAGGAGAGAUACAGAGAACAAGAGAACAAGAGCUGGGGACACCUCUGUCAAUUCACUGAGGACACACUUCACUAAACUGCCAGCUCUCAACACCACUCUCACAACUGUGUGUAUGUUUGUGUGUGAUUGUGUAACUCCACAGGACUAGCUGGUGUGGUUGCACCCUGGACUCUUACCACUCGGUGUCCCUGUGAAUAAUUAUUUUUGGGUGCUCGUGUGUGUGUGUGUGUGUGGGGGAGAUGUGUAUGUGUGUGUGGGGGGGGGGAGAGAUGUGUGUGUGUGUGUGUGUGUGUGUGUGUGUGUGUGUGUGUGUGGGGCACUAAUAAAAAGAGGCACGGCUCGUACCUGUUGUCGUUUUAGAAUGUGGUGAUGUCAAACUAGAGCAGUCUUACGAUGAUUCCCAUUCCCAAAGCCAUCUUUACCUACCACUGUUGACAUUCAAGCCUUUUACACUGGCCUGCUGAGGUAGUAAAACAAAGCCGGUGGAGCGGAAAGGAUUACCUAUUUAAAGAUCAGGCUAACAAUAUAUAAUACAUUUUAUUAUUGACCAAAACCAACAAAUGCAUUUAUCUGUCUCUCAAAACUUUCCAACUUUCCCAAAAAAAAAAAAAGGGGGGUCCCGGAAAUAUACUUUAUUUAUUUUGUUUUUUAAAAAGGCAAAAUAAUUUCCCAAAACAGUUGGACACUGUAGAUAUAAGCGAGUGGUGUUGAGAUAUACCGGUAUUGACAAUAACUGAUAUUUAUUGAUGAAAUAUUGAUAUCAUGAUAAUAUUGUGUUUGCAGAUGUUAGGCCUUGUGGAUUUUUUGACUAUCCAUUAGUGUAGUCGUUCUUUUUGUACGCACAGACUCACAUUUUGAGUGUAAUUAAUUUGCCAAAAAUGAGAAAAAACACACAAUAAGCAAAGUUAAAGAUAAUUUUGGCUGACAGCAUUAUGAUUUUUUAUCUUCUGUAUAUAUAGCAAUAUUGUUAUCUGUAAUUCUUUUGGCCGCGAUAAUCGUAUAGUGACAGAAAAUGUCUUUCAAACAGCAGUAAAUAGUUAUUUGUCUGGGACUAUUUUCAGCUGCACAUGCGCUGUGCUAGUGAGUAUUUACAGCUGCAGGAAACUGUGGGAUCAUCUGAAAAUAAACCACAGUGCCCAGCUUCACCACAAUGAAGGCACAUAGUGUGGCUCAUUCAUGCGUUUUUAUGCAUUCAUUUUUCUAUAAGGUUUUGGACAACAAUGGAUUUCACAGAGGAAUGAAACAUCAGGCUUUGGCUACACAGACAAUACUUGUCAGUACGAUCAAUUCUUUGUUGGUUUUGGUCUUUUAAUGCGAUUUAUUAACAAUAAGAUAAAUGUAGAAUAUCAUCAGACAUAUCGUUUAAAGUUCUGAGUAACUGCAAAAAAUCAAGUCAAAUGUCCAUUUCCAGGGUAUUUUGUUUUCAGGAAAAUUAAUUCAGUCUACUGGACAUGUAGUGCUGUUGAUUAGUGAUGCAGAUGGCUUUGGGAUCAGGCAUUAGUGUGUCUAUGGGGGGGGUGUGGCUGGGGGGGAUACUGUGCAUGUAAAUAACCAGCCAAUGAUUGUUUUGUUGGUUCCAUUUAGAAAAGGGGGGUUGCAUUAGGGGUAGGGCUUGGGAAAGAUGGGUACACAUCAAAGUUUUUCUUCAUACCUGUUUCUCUUUUUGGAUAUCCUCAUGCAGCCCUCUUCUAACCCACCUGCAGCUAAUUCUCUCCAUUAUCUUUCUUAAUAACUACAUUCACCUCUGUAGCUCAUUCGCUGAUUUCCACCGGAGAAUGCCGAUAAAGGAGACAUGAGAGGAAUAUAAUGUCAUGGUCAGUAGUUUUUGUAGAUGUAAUUGGAGACAAAGAGGGAAAAGGGAGACAGGUAUAAGGUGAAGACCUUAUUGGGUGUAAGGAGAAGUUUGAAAUAAUAAAAAAUACACUUUCUACGUUAAA